AUGACACUGGGCACAAAGCCCACACAACUCCCACACCUCAGUGUACCCAGUCAUAAUAACCACAAUGGCCACAAUGGCCAGAGGGAGCAUAAUGGACACAGGAUCUGGCGGUCUUCGACAAUCGGAUAUAUUGCACCAAAUUUCGAGGGAAAGAAGGCGCAAAUGGCAGAAGUCAAACAAAUGAUCAUGAAAGAAAAAUGGAUCCCUGACGACAGAGUCGACAGUCAAAUUGAGUGGUUCUACACCGAACUUGGUAUCGACGACGUGUAUUUCCAGCUAGAGUCCACAAAGGCAAUCUCAAGCCACAUAAUAUCCCUCUAUGCGGCUAAGGUGGCAGCGGUCGCACGAGAAGACAAAUGCGGAGAGAUCAAACUUGAUAUGGAGGCCGCUGAUCAUGCCAUAUAUAUCGACACUAGCGAACCAGGAGUGAGCUACAGUGAGGGCCCAAGAUACGAGCAGAGACUCGAGGCGAAGUAUCUUGAUGGUCCGGAUGCCAAUAAACGCUUCCGCGUUGAGACAUACAGAUCCCUUAGCAACCUGACUGGCACUCCGAAUUCCAAAUCAACUAUGCGUUGCAAUUUCGUAUAUCAAUGCCAAUUUGUCGAACCGAAUCCUAGUCCUCACGAGACCAGACUGCAGGUAAUUGGCGACAGGAUGUUUCUCGCAAAAGCCACUAGGAAUACAAUACAAAUCUAUCAGGAAAUCCUUGAAUUGGCAGUUACCAGAACAGGGCCCGUCAUUGAGGUCUUUGACAUUGGGGGCUCACACGAGAAGAGAGUUGUGGUAGCAUUCCGUCAACGUACUGCCUUGGGUAUAUUUGGUGCACUCAGUGAUCUUUAUCAUUAUUAUGGACUUACAAGUUCAAGAAAAUAUGUCGAGCAAUUCUCCAACGGGAUCACGAUCAUAUCGAUAUACCUAAAGCCUAUCUCUAGUCAAACACUCAACACCAAAUUCCCUCCAAUUGAGCAGUCGAUUCACCAGAUUGCCAAGGAGAUCUCUCUGCUCUAUUGCAUUCCCCAGAACCAAUUCCAAUUCCUGUUUGCAAGCGGCCGCCUGAGUCUACAGGAGACUAUCUAUGGACAUUGCGUCUGGGUAUUCGUUCAGCAUUUCCUCAAUAGGCUAGGGACCGAGUAUGCUUCACUGGUCUCUGCAUUAGAUGCGAAGAUUAGCCUGCAUGCUGAGAUUCUAUCAAACAUUAAACGCCGCCUACGCACCGAAACAUUCACAGCGGAGUACAUUCGUGACAUUAUUAGUCAAUACCCUGAACUUGUUCGAUCAUUUUACUCGAAUUUCGCAGACAUUCAUGUCCCACCAAUUUCCGAGCACGAAGAUAACUACGUCGGCUCUUCACCAUUAGCCGAAGUGCUUCCAGAUGCCCAACUCAAGGAGCAGGUGUUAAGGGUCGUUAGCAACGAGCACGAUGCGAUGAUUUGGGGAGCAUUUCGAUUAUUCAAUUCUGCCGUUCUGAAGACGAAUUUCUACACCCCAACGAAGGUAGCUUUGAGCUUCCGUCUAGACCCAACAUUUCUUCCGGUAAUCGAAUACCCCGAGCCGUUAUAUGGGAUGUUCUUGGUAAUUACCUCUGAAUCUCGGGGCUUUCAUCUUCGUUUUCGAGAUAUUGCGCGAGGUGGUAUUAGGAUCAUCAAAUCUCGAAAUCGCGAGGCAUAUUCAAUAAACGCACGCUCUAUGUUCGAUGAGAGCUAUGGUCUUGCCCAUACCCAGCAAUUCAAAAACAAAGAUAUCCCAGAAGGGGGCUCGAAAGGUGUCAUUCUCCUCGACGCUCAACAUCAGGACAAGGGCAGGUUGGCUUUCGAAAAGUAUAUCGAUAGUAUUAUGGACCUUCUAAUUCCCCCUACAAGCCCAGGUAUUAAAGAUCCUAUUGUUGAUCUUUACGGCAAGCCAGAGAUGCUCUUUAUGGGCCCGGAUGAGAACACUGCUGAUCUUGUGGAUUGGGCAACUGAGCAUGCCUACAAGCGAGGAGCCGCGUGGUGGAAGUCGUUCUUUACUGGGAAGAGCCCUAAACUUGGUGGCAUUCCCCAUGACACUUACGGUAUGACAACGUUAUCCAUUCGGGAGUAUGUAACGGGCAUCUAUCGGAAACUUAAUUUGGACCCAUCGAAGGUGAGGAAGAUGCAAACUGGUGGACCUGAUGGAGAUCUUGGUUCAAAUGAGAUUCUUCUAAGCAAAGAGAAGUACAUAUCUAUUAUUGAUGGAUCUGGCGUUCUUGUCGACCCAAAUGGCAUCAACUACGAAGAACUUAUUCGUCUCGCCAAAAAACGUGUUACGAUCUCAGAAUUUGAUACUUCGAAGCUCUCUACAGGCGGCUAUCGUGUUCUUAUCGACGAGAUUAACGUUAAGCUUCCAAACGGCGAGCUCGUUCAUAAUGGCAUGACCUUCCGCAACACCUUUCAUCUUCGGAAUACCGGUUUGGUAGACUCUUUCGUGCCUUGUGGUGGCCGACCUGAGUCAGUUGACCUUAUAAGUGUCAACCAGCUCAUCAAAGACGGCAAAAGCACUAUACCCUAUAUUGUUGAAGGCGCUAAUCUCUUCAUUACGCAAGACGCAAAACUUUGUCUCGAGAAAUCAGGCUGUAUCCUCUUCAAAGACGCUUCUACAAACAAAGGCGGCGUGACUUCUUCCUCCCUUGAAGUCCUUGCGUCAUUGUCCUUCGAUGAUCAAGGCUUUGUUGAGAACAUGUGCGUCGGCCAUGACGGCAAUGUACCAGAGUUCUACAAGGCAUACGUUAAAUAUGUCCAGGACGUGAUCAAGCAAAAUGCCACACUAGAAUUCGAAGCAAUUUGGCGCGAACAUGAAUAUACGGGUAUUCCGAGGUCUACAAUAAGCGAUAUGUUGAGUGCGGCGAUCACGAAACUAAAUGAGGAGCUUCAGAAGUCGCAGCUGUGGCACAACCAGCAGUUUAGGCGGUCAGUGCUUUCGGAUGCGUUGCCAAAGUUGCUGUUAAAGAAGAUUGGGCUCGAUCUGAUUUCUGAGAGGGUUCCGGAAAACUACCUCAGAGCUAUCUUCGGCAGCUACCUUGCCUCCAGAUUUGUGUACGAGUUCGGAUGUAGUCCAAGUCAAUACGCGUUCUUCGACUUCAUGUCGAAAAGAAUGGAAUCAACUGCUACCAAACAAAAGUCGCUUGGUACAUGA